CAACUUGCACGCGCCAUCGUCAUGGUUGUGUUCCGAGCUCCGCGCAGGCAGAUCAAGUGGACCUGUCGGUGAGCCGCACGAUAACGUAGAGGUUAGGACGCGCUGCCGGUACCUCACUCGGUACAAGUUCUGGAAAUAUAGUACCUCAGGAGGGGAGUGACGUCACUGCCACACAGCUGUGCUCGUGCCGCCCUGCCGCCCCACCGCGGCUCUACUCCGCGCUUCGGCGACACUCCCGUUCCCAGCCGCGGCGCGCAUCGCUCCUCGUGCGGCUAGUGCGUUGCCUGGCCAUGGAGUGCGACUGCGAUAUGUCCGCGGAGGCCUUCGACGGCACCAAGCAGCCACCCAAGGUCCUACCGUGCGGGCACACGGCCUGCCUGCAGUGCCUGAGGCGGCUGCCCGGCAGGAGCUGCCCGACCUGCCGCCGGGACUUCAACGGCCCGCUGGAGGGACUCCCCACUAACUUUUCACUACUGAAGUUGAUGGAAGGAAUGAAACUGGACAGUACUCCCUGCGCCUGGUGCUCGGACUGCCGCGCCGCCGCCAGGCCCCGCUGCUGGGAGCAGGCCCACGACGUCCUGCCCGUCAGGAGAGCCCUGAAGCACCACCUGCAGGGCGCGCUGCAGCAGGCCACCGAGCAGCUCCAGGGCCUUCAGGACCGGUGUCAGGACGUGCAGGCCCUGGCCGCCCUCAUCCUGCUCACCGGCGAGUCCUGGGACGUGUCGUUGCGGGGCGGGGACCGCGAGCUGAUGGGCACCCUGUGCAACACCGAGGAGCCCCUCAGCAAGGCCCUGUGGCUCCUGCUGGCGGCGAGGGCCGGGCUCACCGAGGACCGAGCUGCAGCACGGAAUCCACCACCUGCAGCUGCACCGACUACAGCUGCACCGACUACAGCUGCACCACCUGCAGCAGCGCCACCUGCUGAUGCACCGACUGCAGCUGCACCACCAGCUGCUGCAUCACUUGCAGCUGCACCACCUAUUGCUGCACCACCUGCAGCUCCAGAUUCACCACCCGCAGCUGUACCACCUGCAGCUGCACCACCCGCAGUUGCACCACCUGCAGGUGCAACCCCUGCAGCCCGACUCACUCGUGUCUCACCACCUGCCGUGGUGCGGCCCACGCGGGUGAUGAAUGUGCGGAAUAUCAGCCAGAGUGGACCCGACGACACGCAGAAGGUUGCCGCCCUCCGUUUCGUCGAAAAUGUGACGCGGCUGUCUCACGUGUACUGCGACAAGGACCCCGCAUGGAGCCUUCAUCUGCUGUGGCGCGCUGCGCCCACGGUGUUGGAUUUGGGUGUGAUGUACCCCCGCGAGGCCCACCUGCUCGCGGUGCACGCCAUGCCGCGGCUCAGGAGGCUGUACGUGUUUUCUGGUGACGCCCUGGACGCGCAGCCCCCCGUGCUGCCCGCGCUCCCUCCUGGACGCCGCGGCCUGCAGUUGCUCAAGGUGUUGGGCCUUCCACGCGCCACGACACUCUCCCUGCUGCAGGCGCACGGCGAGUCGCUGGAGGACCUGCAGCUGGAGGUGGGCACUGGCACGGACACGGACAGUGUGUGGCGAGAAAGCUGCGGCAGCCUGCACUCGCAGCUGGAGCAGUGCGGCCUGCGGGUGCUGCGGAGGCUCGUGCUGGUGAGGUCAGGGCUGCAUGCGCACUCGGCACUCGCGUGUGUGGGGCAGCGCGCCCAGGUGCGGGGGGUGCUGCCCGGGGUCGAGGUGCUAUGCAGCAGGUGUAGCUAUGCGAAGGCGGGUCAAAAGGUAUUCAAUUUCGGAGGGAUGAGCAAAAGCACUGCAUCGACCUGCUGUGAGGAUGACGCGGAUUCAGAGGAAAGGAUACUGAAAAAUUUAAUGAAUUACCACUUAAAUGGACCAAAAAGUGUAAAUCUAAAUAAUCUACGCCGCUUGGGUCGCCAGAUUGCAUUUCUAAACAUGAGAGAGCUACAGCCUACAGCACAGCCCUCCUCUUAAAUUUGUAUCAUCUGCUUUCAAGAUCGAUUCUUGAUUGAGAUUUUAAAAACUGCUGAUUGCAAAGUUACCGGGUAUCUCACCUCGCCUCAGCGCCGGCCGGGAGCGCCUGCGGAGUCCUGGAUAGGCAGCCCAGCGGGGCGGCCGUGUGCGGCGGGAGUGCCUACACGCCUACCCGCCGGCGCCGGGCGGCGCGGCGGGGCAGCGCUACUUCCCACUGUACCGGGUGUUGCAGAAAAGACACAGGUGCGGGCGGGUUUGCCUACCCUCGACUCGGCGGGCGCACGGGUCCCCUCCUCACCUCUCCCCAGACCUGGACCCGUGCGCCCACCGAGUCGAGGAUAGGCAAACCCGCCCGCACCUGUGUCUUUUCUGCAACACCCGGUACUUCAGGUUCGUCAGGCACGCCUUCAGGCACGCCAGGGUGAUCCUAGAGUCCCAUAUAGGACUCUAGGUGAUCCGACCCGACAUACCGAAAGAAUUUGGUUUGUUCGGGGAUUCGGCUUAGUGUCUUGUACCAGACAGGAAUCCGAGUCCGCAACUCGUCCACGUCCACACGUGCUUUUGCUGCUUUCCCUUAUAUUGAUUGUGGUUCUGUUCUUUUCACAGACAUGUCUGAAUGUAACAAUAGCAAAUUGCAAAGACUGCAAAAUGACUGUAUAAGAUUUAUCAGUGGAGUUAAAAUUUAUGAACAUAUUAUGCCGAUUUACAUUGAGCUGCGCAUACUAAAAGUUGUUAAAAGGCGUGAAUACCACACUGCCCUAUGAAUUUGGAAAACUAUCACCACAAGAACCCCGUCCUACAUGUUCCAGCAAUUCAAUUUCACUGCCUCCAAAUGGCAAAAUACAAUAAGUCCUUCACAGUACAAGCUGCCAAGUUAUGGAACAGACUAAAAUUUGAAUCACGAGUUUAUACCAUGUUUUAAUAUAGGAGUUUUGCUACAUUAUGUAAAAAAAAAAAAAAAAAACCUUGAUUAAUAGACCACCUUUUAAUUUUUGAAGAAUGAAUGAAAUUAUUUUGACUAGGCCUAUAUGUGGUUCACAUUUGUGUUCCUUAAAAGAUACAUUGGUAUUUGGUAAAUUUCAGUGACGCACCAUUUGUGACUUAACAUCAAAACCCCUUGGGAUUUGCAGUAAAAUUGGGCUUAGGCACAGUCUUGUAAAGAUUCUAUGAAAUGUUUUGAAUAAGAACAAGAAAAUUUGUCAGGAAAAAAGACUAUUCUACGAAGUAACCACAUCAUUUCAUUUCAUUAGUAAAAUCUGCAACAAUUCUGUUCACUACCUUUCCUCCCCUGGCCUAUCACAACUGCAUAAAGCUCAAACUAAAAUACCCGCAUUGACAUGACAUAAAGUCAUGGGAAUGACUAUUACAGAUUUAAAUGAUUAGUAGAAUAUUAUAAUAUCGGUAUGAAUUUGAGCUUGAGUAGUACGUGCAAUAUUCACAAAUAAAGCGGAAAAAAGCAUUGUCCAUUUCAUUUUUUGAUUAGAUAGAUGCAAGAGCAGUAGUUGUACAAAUUCAUUUAUUUACACCAGAAAAUCCAAAUUGGGAUUUAUGGAAAAGAGAAAUGAUUAAGCUAAAUCAGAUAUUUAUGUCACAGUACUGUUCAAAGAAUAAUAACAUUAAUCACAGGUUCACAUGUCUCCUUAAUUAAUAACUAUGUUGGACAGUCAUAGAUGUUAAUAGAGCGGUCUUCUGAACAUGACACAAUUUUGUUACCUUCAGGGUUGUACUUGACUCCCCAGACCUGCAAUAAUAAAGAUACAUAUGAA